CCGGACGUAUUUGAAAGGCGGACAUACUACAAUGCUGCUACAAUGGCAACAUGCACAGUUAGUACCGAUGAUAAAGAUGUUAUAACAGAACCAGGAGCUGCACCUUAUGGUAACUUUAUUAACUACUACAGCUUCAAUCCUCCCGAGGAGCGUCUGAGACUGAUCCCAGCUUCACUCCUUCAGGAUUUAAGACUCAAAGAGGAUCAUGGAGAUACUCUGAUCCUGGACGUGGGGUGUAAUUCAGGGGAUCUGAGUGUGGCCUUGUACAAACACCUGGUCCAGGAGCCUGCUUGUGCCGAGGAUCCAGAAAGCUCUAAAGUUCACAUCUUAGGCUUCGACCUGGAUGAGACGCUUAUUCAGCGGGCUCAGCAGUCCAACCCUCUGCCACACUUCCUCUCUUUCAUUCCUCUGGACGUCACCGAAGACACCCAACAGCUGCAGGACUAUCUCAGACAGCACGACAGUACCCACUUCCACCUGUGUGUGUGUCUGGCUGUCACCAUGUGGGUCCACCUGAACCACGGAGACUCCGGCCUGCUGAAGAUGCUCUCUCACCUCGCCUCCAUCAGCCAGCAUCUCCUGCUGGAGGUGCAGCCCUGGAAGUGCUAUCGCAGCGCAGCCCGACGUCUGAGGAAACUGGGCCGCACAGACUUUGAACACUUCAAGACCCUGAAGAUCCAGGGGGACAUCGCAGAACAUGUCAGGGAGCAUCUAGAGAAACACUGCAGCAUGGAGCUGGUACAGGUCUUUGGCUGCACCACGUGGAGCAGGAAGCUGGUGCUUUUUAAAAGAAGAGACUGAGGGACAAUGCUGCAGAGGAGCAAACAGAUGUACAUUUUGAUAAUUCCAGUUUUGUGUGAGACAAGUGUUCAUUUUUAUCCUUAAAGAAAGUCAAUUAAAGUUUCUUUGUGGAGUUUUUUUAA